AUGGCCGUGCCCAGGGACACGUGGCGGCUCUGCAGGCUGGUGCAGGAGGGCCGGCUGCUCAAGCCGCGCACGGCUGCAGGCUGCGCGGGUCCGGCCAGCGACACCCUGCUCCACCACGCUGCCCGCCAUGGGCGCCGGGAUGUCCUCGCCUACCUGGCCGAGGCCUGGGCCAUGGACAUCGAAGCCACCAACCGAGACUACAAGCGUCCUCUGCACAAGGCGGCCUCCAUGGGCCACGGGGACUGCGUGCGUUACCUGCUGGGCCGAGGAGCUGUCGUGGACUGCCUGAAGAAGGCGGACUGGACUCCUCUGAUGAUGGCUUGCACAAGGAAGAACCUUGAGGUGAUCCAGGACCUUAUAGAUCAUGGUGCUAAUCCACUCCUGAAGAACAAACACGGCUGGAACAGUUUUCACAUUGCCAGUCGAGAGGGCGACCCUGCGGUCCUCCAGUACUUGCUCACCACUUGCCUGGAUGCCUGGAAGACAGAGAGCAACAUUAAAAGAACUCCUCUGCACACUGCAGGCUUUUUAGAGGGUCCUGAGUGGUCAAGAAGUAUCCUGUUCUUCAAAGUUCGCUUUAUUCCCCCCAUGAAUUAA